ACUGGGACAAUAGUGAGUGGUGCACACUUCCUUCGCCCGGCCACAGAAGACAAAAAAGAGUUGCUGGUGUAACAAUAGGAAGAAUAUAUUCCACUCCUCUCUUGUACACGCGGCUUAUGAGAUGAACGCUCGUCAAGAAGAACGUCCCCUUCAGCAGCAGGAGGAUCCACAGCCCCCCCACAUUAAAGAGGAAGAGGAGGAAGUGUGGAUCAGUCAGGAGGGAGAGUGUCCUGUAGGGCAGGAGGAGGCUGAUGUCAGCAAGUUUCCACUGACUGUUGUCUCUGUGAAGACUGAAGAGCAUGAAGACAAACCACCUGAGUCCUCACAGCUUCAUCACAGUCCAAACGUCCAGCAGGUGUCAGCAGAGAGUCAUGAAGAGAUUCCCUCCAAGCAGCAGGAGUGGAGCUCCAGUGUGGGACAGAAGGAGCUACAGGCCCCCUCCCACAUUAAAGAGGAAGAGGAGGAACUGUGGAAGCAGCUUCAAAUGUUGGUGGAGGAUAAUGAUGAAGCUGAAGCUCAGUCCUCACAGCUUCAUCACAGUCAAAGUGAGGAGAACAGAGGGGCGGAGCUUGUAAGUCAACACAUCACAGAAGCUGAUGGAGAGCAUUGUGAAGAUAUAAAGUCGGAACCAGACAGCAUCUUUGCUCCACUGUCAGACAUGGACCACAUGAUGUCAGACUCUUCUGAUCACAGUGACCACAUCCAAGAACCUUUGGAGAGUAAAAAUGACUCUAAAGGUGAUACGAGACAUCACACUAACAACAAAGACUCUGACUGCUCUGAAUGUGGGAAAUCAUUUAGACUGAAGAGUGAUUUUACAAGACACAUGAGAAUACAUACUGGAGAGAAACCUUUUACUUGCUCUGUUUGUAAGAAAAGUUUCUCCACAAAGCAACACAUGACCACACACAUGAGAACACACACUGGAGAGAAACUUUUUACUUGCUCUGUUUGUAAGAAGAGUUUCUCCGUUAAGCCUGCCAUGACCAGACACAUGAGAACACACACUGGAGAGAAACUUUUUACUUGCUCUCUUUGUAAGAAGAAUUUCUCCAGAAAGUCUAACAUGACCGAACACAUGAGAACACAUACUGGAGAGAAACCUUUUACUUGCUCUGUUUGUAAGAAGCGUUUCUCCACAAAGCAGCAUAUGAUCACACACAUGCAAACACAUACUGGAGAGAAACCUUUUACUUGCUCUGUUUGUAAUAAGUGUUUUUCCAGAAACCCUGACAUCUCCAUACACAUGAGAACACACACUGGAGAGAAACCUUUUACUUGCUCUGUUUGUCAGAAGAGUUUCUCUACAAAGUCUAACAUGACCUCACACAUGAGAACACAUACUGGAGAGAAACCUUUUACUUGCUCUGUUUGUAAGAAGACUUUCUCCACAAAGCCUAAGAUGUCCGCACACAUGAGAACACAUACUGGCGAGAAACCUUUUACUUGCUCUGUUUGUAAGAAGACUUUCUCCACAAAGCCUAAGAUGUCCGCACACAUGAGAACACAUACUGGCGAGAAACCUUUUACUUGCUCUGUUUGUAAGAAGCAUUUCUCCACAAAGCUUGUCAUGACCAGACACAUGAGAACACACACUGGAGAGAAACCUUUUACUUGCUCUGUUUGUAAGAAGUGUUUCUCCAAAAAGCCUGACAUCUCCAUACACAUGAGAACACACACUGGAGAGAAACCUUUUACUUGUUCUGUUUGUAAGAAGAGUUUCUCCACAAAGCCUAAGAUGCCCGCACACAUGAGAACACAUACUGGCGAGAAACCUUUUACUUGCCCUGUUUGUAAGAAGCAUUUCUCCACAAAGCUUGUCAUGACCAGACACAUGAGAACACACACUGGAGAGAAACCAUUUAGUUGCACUGUGUGUGAUAAGAUGUUCCGGCAUAAGUGUCAGGUCAGUAAACACAAGUGUGUAACAGUCAUGGAAGCUGCAGGGAUUUAAAAACACUUAGUGAUUGUGCUAAAUGUACUUUAAAAACACAGCAUGUUUAAUAUGAAUGUAUAUUUGAUGUUGUAUGUAGUGCCUCUCAUCUUCUACUGUUAAAUUUAAAGGCCUACUGAAAGCCACUACUACCGACCACGCAGUCUGAUAGUUUAUAUAUCAAUGAUGAAAUAUUAACAUUGCAACACAUGCCAAUACGGCCGCUUUAGUUUACUAAAUUGCAAUUUUAAAGGAGAACAUUAUCACCAGACAUAUGUAAGAGUCAAUAUAUACCUUGAUGUUGCAGAAAAAAGCCCAUAUGUUUUUUUAACGGAUUUCCGAACUCUAAAAGGGUGAAUUUGGCGAUUUAAACGCCUUUCAAUUGUUCGCUGUCGGAGCGAUGACCUUUCACCUGUGACGUUACAACGGGAAGCAAUACACUAUUUUCUCAAACACAUUACACACACAAGUCAA